AUGGGGAACCGCAGCGCCGCGGACGCGCUGCUGGCGGUUCGCGGGCCGGGCACCGGCGGCGGCGUGGGGGCCCCGGGGGCGGCGGCGGCGGCGGGGUUGGCAGGGCCGGGGGCGGCAGCGGCUCUGGUGGGGGGCGUACUGCUCAUCGGGGCGGUGCUCGCGGGGAACACGCUCGUGUGCGUGAGCGUGGCGGCCGAGCGCACCCUGCAGACGCCCACCAACUACUUCAUCGUGAGUCUGGCGGCCGCAGACCUGCUGCUCGCUAUUCUCGUGCUGCCGCUCUUCGUCUACUGCGAGGUCCAGGGCGGCGUGUGGCUGCUGAGCCCCCGCCUGUGCGACGCGCUCAUGGCCAUGGACGUCAUGCUGUGCACCGCCUCCAUCUUCAACCUGUGCGCCAUCGGGGCCUUCCUGGUCUGCUGGACCCCCUUCUUCGUGGUGCACGUCACGCGGGCGCUGUGUCCGGCCUGCGCGGUGCCUCCGCGGCUGGUCAGCGCGGUCACGUGGCUGGGCUACGUCAACAGCGCCCUGAACCCGCUCAUCUACACGGCCUUCAACGCGGAGUUCCGCGCGGCCUUCCGCAAGGCCCUGCGCCUCCGCCGCUGA